AUGGGCACUGACAUAAUUGGUAUCAAACUGCUCUAUGUGCUUUCCUUCUUCUUUUGCGUUAAUGGCAGAGGAUUAGGACUAGCAAGUUCAGGUGCAAAUGGUGUUCAAAUGCUAGAAAGAAGCCCUGCAGAACUCAAGGGGGCCAACACUCACCUGUUUAAUGUCAGGAGCUUUGGUGCUCAAGCAGAUGGUCACACUGAUGAUAGAAGAGCCUUCACAGCAGCAUGGAAGGAGGCCUGCGCCUCAACAGGUAAAGUAAAACUUCUGAUACCGAAAGGGACCUAUAUGAUUGGUCCCAUUACAUUUGCAGGUCCUUGCAACAGCGUAUCAUCUCUAACUGUUGUGAUGAAGGGUUAUUUGAAGGCUACAACAGACUUGUCUGAAUAUGGAUUCAGUGCGGGUUGGAUUGAAUUUGGAUGGAUGAAGGGUCUGACCUUGACCGGUGGAGGGACCUUUGAUGGCCAAGGUGUUGAGGCCUGGCCAUACAAUAAGUGCCCCAUCAAUGCUAACUGCAAACUUCUUCCCACUAAUUUGAAGUUUAUUGCAAUGAACAAGACGGUUGUUCGAGGUAUAACUUCAGUGAAUAGCAAGUUCUUUCACAUAGCUCUCGUAGAAUGCAAUAAUUUCAAAGGUAGCCAAAUCAAGAUUUCUGCCCCAGAAAACAGUCCCAACACUGAUGGCAUCCACAUUGAGCGAAGCUCUGGCGUUUAUUUUUCUCGAUCCCUUAUUGGUACUGGCGACGACUGCAUCUCUGUUGGACAAGGAAAUUCUCAAGUCACUAUCACAAGCAUCACUUGUGGACCUGGCCAUGGCAUCAGUGUUGGAAGCUUGGGAAAAUAUCCUAAUGAAGAAGAUGUAAGUGGGCUUGUGGUUAAAGAUUGCACCAUGACAGGGACUACAAACGGCAUCAGGAUCAAGACAUGGGCUAACUCUCCAGAUAGCAGUGAAGCAACCAACAUGACAUUCGAGAACAUCGUCAUGAACAAUGUGACCAACCCCAUUAUAAUUGAUCAAGCAUAUUGCCCAUUCAUGUCUUGUGCUUCCAAGGCACCAUCUAGAGUGAAGCUGAGUGACAUAUACUUCAAGAACAUAAGAGGGACCUCAUUAUCUGCAGUGGCGGUGACAUUGAAGUGUAGCAGAGGGACCCCAUGCCAGAACAUUUACCUCCAAGAUGUUCACCUAGACCUCUCGUCAGGGGAGAAGCAUGCCACUUCCUCUUGUAGAAACGUUAGAGUCAAAUACAGUGGCACCCAAAUUCCUCCCCCUUGUGCUUAAUGGAUUUGACAGUAGAAUUUGGUUCAAGGAUUUGAGUGUAUUAGCUAGCAGAUACGUACUCAAUAUUCAUUAUGGAAUUUUCUGUCAUUUUACA